CGGCCGCCCCGCUGUCAGUCGAAAGCGUAAAACAAAAUGGAUAAUGCCUGAAAGUGAUGCGUUCGAAUGGAAAAGGUGAAAAAUUGUGUAAAAGUGUUCGAGUCGAGUUGAAAUCCAUCGAAAAAGGUUGUUACAAGUGUAGUGCGUAAAAAUAACCGCACGGCUCGGCCGGGAAAAGUGAAUUUCUAGUGUAAUUCGGGUUUUCGGGUUACGUUGCUUGGCAGCCACAUUUUUUCUUUUGCUUUUUCCUUUUUUUUCUCGUAAAUUUCAAAAUCAAAAAUGUCUUGGCCGAACACUUGGCAAGUACAACCGGGAUUUAAUCCCGGUUAUUCGACGACAAUGCCACCACAAGCGGUUCAACCCGUUGCGGCUGCUGCAGCGCCAGCAGCUUAUCCUACCAUGACUCCGGAUCAGUAUGCCCAAUGGCAGCAGUGGCAACAAUAUCAGCAACAAUACGCUCAAUGGCAUGCUCAGUAUGGCGAGCAGUACGCUCGACAAAUGGGAAAACCACUGCCAGCCGUGGCCGCCCCAAUGCCAAUGACACCGGCGAUGACCAUACCUACUAGCGUUCCUCCGGCAGCAGUUAUGCCCACACAUACGAUGCUACCUCCAACAAUGGCAGUGGCUCCUCCAAUACCAAUUGGGGUGGCUCCACCUCCGCCAUCGGAACCUCAUCCCGACACUAUAGCAGCGGAACAAGCACCCGCUCCACCUCCACCGGUAUCGGAGGAGCUAACACAGAAAACGGCCGAGGAAUUGGCCUUUGACGAGCAGUUUCGCAAGUGGGAAGAGGAGUUCGAUAACUGGAAGCGCAAAAACGCAAACCAUCCGGAUAAGGCAACAUAUCGCGAGUAUGAGAAAAAGUUCGAAGAUUGUCGCAAAAAGUUGGUCGAACGACGUGAGUAUUUGAAAAAGAAGCGGUUAGCGGAAGCUGCUGCUGUAGCGGCAGCUGCUGCCGCCGCAAAUGCACAGAAAAGUGCAGCACCCGUGUCGGUCCCCGUGGUUCAAUCCAGAUUUAGUCAGCCGCCACCUCCUCCUCCUCCUCCGGAAGAAUCAAGUGACAUAGGUUUGUUUAAAAACGCUCUUGGUGGCAACGCGGCUACCGGAGGAGGUAUUCCUGGAUUAGAUCUUAUUGGAAACGAAGAAAAACGACUGAAUGAUGAUGUUGUGGAAGUUAUUGAUUUAGAUGAGGAGAAGGAGGAUAAACCAAAUGUCAACCAAUUAAACGCGGCUCUGAACAAGAACGCUAAUCCGGUGAAUGCGUUAGCAUCUCUGUUGAAGGAUCCCAAAGUCAGUGCCCUUCUGAACGUUAUUUCUGCGGGUAAUAAUACUGAGGCGGCCAGUAUCGGUAACUCGGAAUUGCUGCAGCAAAUUCAAAAUGCUGCCGGGGCAGUUAUAAAUGCAAAUCAAAAUGGUAGUCCCGGAAUGGGAAACCAAAAUCAAAGUACGUGGCCAAUGCCGAAAUUAAUGCCACCGGAAGAUCGAAGUCGGUCUUCUUUCCAUGACGAUGGUAGAUCCGUGCUCUCUGGAGACGAUCGAAGUCGUGAUUUUGAUGAUUUUAGUCGUGGGCCACCUCCUUUAUUGGAUGAUUUGAACCGCAGUGGUCCACCAGGAGCGGAGUUCAAUCGUGGCCUUCCACCAGGUGCCGAAAUCCAUCGUGGUCCCCCACCAGGAGGUGAGUUUAAUCGCGGUCCACCGAAAGGAAUGGAUUUCAGUCGUGGUCCACCACCAGGAUUCGAGUUUAAUCGUGGUCCUCCGAUGGGCAAUGAAUUUUGUCGUGGCCCACCACCUGGAUUUGAUUUUAACCGUGGUCCACCACCUGGAAGUGAAUUCAACCGUGGUCCUCCACCGGGGAAUGAUUUUAACCGUGGUCCUCAACCGGGGAAUGAGUUUAACCGUGGUCCUCCACCGGGGAAUGAGUUUAACCGCGGUCCUCCACCUGGACAUGAGUUCAAUCGCGGCCCUCCGCAUGGAAAUGAUUUUAAUCGGGGUCCUCCGCCCGUGGGCGAUUUCAAUCGGGGCCCUCCUCCCGCUAAUGAUUAUACUCGUUGUCCACCUCCUAAUCGAAAAGGUGAUGCGGUCAAUUUCAACAAACAACCACCCCCGGCACUGAUGAAUCUAGAUUUGACUCGACCUCCGCCAAUAUUUGGUGGGCCCCAACCGAACGUUGCUAGACCACAACGUUCCGAUCAGACAUCCCCCGCGUUGAGUAAUACUUCAUCAACAGGGUCGCGUCAGCGUCAAUCUCGAUGGAGCAUGCAAUCACAGCAGAGUAUGAAACACGAAAUGCCGGAGGAAAUGGAUCGGUUCGAUCAGCCCCGCCAGCCCCCUUCUGUCAAGCAUGAACCGUUCAAUGGUUCCGAUUUUCCUCCCACAAAUAUUGCAAGUCUUUACGAGGGACACUGCGAUGAACUGCAGAUUGAUCCAGAAAUUGGUGAACCAUGCGCCGUUCCUAAACCUAACUGGAUGGAGGAAGAAGAGUAUCAAGAAAUUUUUGAUCGAUACGAGGAUGUUGAGAUUUUCGAGGAACGAAAGCAUAAAAUGGAAGUUGCAAUUCGACAGCUUGAACAGAAGAAAAGGGCUGAACGUUUGCCUCCUUUCGACAAAGGUGGUUUUGGAGGUAGUAAGAAUGUUUCUUUCGAGGACAAAAAAAUGGUCAUGCCAGAUUUCGGCAAUGGAAACAAUAGCGAUUCAGGUGACCGUGGUCCUAGUCGCUGGAUGGGCGGAAUGCCAAAACCGUUUAUAAAGGAAGAGCCGCCGCACAAUCCCGCCAAGCGGCAGAAAACCUUUGCCGAGGAAGAUGACUACUUUAAGCCGAAGCAAAUUAUCGAUUACUCAAACGGUGCUCCACGCGUGAUCGAUUACGGUCACAGUAGUUCAGGCCCGCUGGCUCAUAAGGACGCACCACCUCGGCAGGACAACGACUGGAACAGCAGGGGUCGACAGUCUUUCGGUCAGCGUGGCGAGCGAGGACCAUUCAAAGACGAAGGCUUCAAUCCGCAGCGAUUUGACUAUAAUCACACUCAGCCCAUCGGGGCUGGCUGCAUCACAGACAAUUUUGAUCUACCACCACCCUCGUUCAUGGUGGACAAUCCGCCACAUUACACACCGAACUCCACUAACAGGCUAGCGGCUAUGCAUAACAAUCCGAACCCGGCGGAAAGUAAUCCGUGCUAUCCGAGCAAGUUUAUUCUGAUGAACGACAAUCGGCCAAAUCGUCCUAGAACGAAGCGCGGCAAAAGAGCUUCGUCGAUUCGGAAACAGCAAUUGAAACAGGAGGAAACACCAGCGGGUGCUUCCGCAAAUGUAGAGGCACCCAUUCCGGGUCAGCCGCUCAGUAAAACUGACAAACCCUCUCUGUCUGUUCUCACUGAUUAUGAGCUUGAAAUGAAGCGUGGUUCCGACGAUUAUCCAAAACAUCUUCCUGUAAAUCCUAUAAUAAUGAUUGAUGAACUUCUGUUGCCUCCUGGACGAUUCCGGAGACACCCACGAAUUUGCUUUAUACUACGAGGCAUUCCUGGAAGUGGCAAAUCUUAUCUAGCUCGCAUGAUUAAGGAAUGUGAGGUGAAAAAUGGUGGUCAGGCUCCCCGGGUUCUUAGCAUUGACGAUUACUUUUUGGUCGAGAAAGAAGUACGUGAACCGGAUGCUAUCACGGGACGUCCAACGUUGCUGACCAAGUCUGACUAUAAAUAUGAUGGUGAUAUGGAAGAAGUGUACAUGCAAAACUUGGUGAAAGCAUUUAAGCGUACUAUUACGGAGAAGCUGUACAAUUUUAUAAUUGUGGAUUGCGUAAACGAACGGCUGCAGUACUACAAUGAGUUCCAUAAUUUUGGUCGCAGCAACGGAUUUAAGGUUUACACGUGCACGAUGCAAACCGAUAUCGAACUGUGCAUUGAGCAAAAUAUUCAUAAUCGUAAGGCUGAUGAGAUUCGAUGCUAUGCCAACGAUUGGGCACUUGGACCGGCUGACCACGUGCUGAUUAAUGCUAGCAUGUUGCUAGACCCACAAGAUGAUCACCCAGUAACACAUGCUGAUAUGGAUAUAUGCACCGAAGAAGACGAUCAGCCACAGAUGCCGGACCCGGUCGAUGCUACUGAGGAACCAGAAGUGAAUGCUGAACAGCAAGAUAUUGAUGAGGAUUCAAAUGCUGAUGCUCCAGAGCUUGGAUUUUUCGCGAGCAAAUGGGACACCGAUACGACCGAGCAGAACCUAGCCCGUCUGGAUGGCAUCAGUAAACCACCACGCCGGCCCCCGACGAUAGAAGACUUUCUGCAGCUAGACGACAACGAAUUCGCCGACGACGACGACAACGAGGGCGCUCCGUCAUCCGGAAAGAAGCGCGUACGCUGGGCGGACUUGGAGGAACGCAAGGCGCAGCGCAAGAUGCGCAAAAUGGGCUUUGUGGUCGGCGUAACCGAUUGGUCCCGGAUGAUGGAUCCGACUCAGGGGGGAAGUGCGCUCACCAGGACCAAAUAUAUCGAGCGCGUACGUAGACAGUUCUAGAUGCUGAAACGGGCGGAUGUUGACGGUACUAGGUGAGUGUGCUUCGGUUGAUUAGGUUAUCUUUCAGCCUAAUUCCAAUUCUAUGACGAAUAUGUUCUUUGUAAUGAAUAAUCAUAUUGAUAUGCUAUGAUACGCAUAAAUACUAGGAAUGCUCUUAACAAAUCGGAUAGCUAAUUGCAAUACGGUCUUGGACAGGAUUUUCAAGGAAUGCUUUUUAGUUACUAGAUUGUGCAGUAUAGAGAGUGAGAUUCUCGAUUUUAUUUCGCUGAGUUCUACAUGCUGGCUACCUAGUUCAGUGCGGAAUAAUUUUAAAACUCACAGGAAUCAAAUUGUAUAACUCCAGAAUCUAGCCCCGUUUACGUGAAUGUUUAGAGUAGGAUAUUUUAUUGAACAAGUAAUUGGAUAUUUCAUUUAAUUUAAUGAAUUCAAUAUUCGUUUUUUGAACUGUAUGAGAUAGUAAAAAAAACACAGGCAAACAACUGCUUGGCAUAAUUACUACUACAGCAAGUAGCUUAAUAUAAACUAAAGUAAAACCAUUAUUGUAAUAAAUACCGAAACUUAAAAGUGCUAGUAA